AUGCAUUUCUCAACCACGUGCGCUCUUCUCGUCGCCCCCUUGGCCGUCGUCGCAGCUCCGAACCCAGCCCGGACUUUCGGCUCCGACCUUGCCAGCAAAGUCCUCGCCGCCCGCCAGGAUCCCGCCCCGACCGAGGAGGAGACCGAGGAACUUUUCAACGCGUUCGCCAAGGCGUUCAUCACCGACAACAACAUUACCGAGGCUUUUACUUAUAUCGCCGAAGACUACAUUAACCACAACCCUCUCGCCCAGAAUGGCUUCAUGAGCGCCUGGAACAUCCUUAGCGGAAUCUGGGGAGGCAUUUCGAAGACUCUGAUCGGCACCGCGUACGAUGCCGACAUGAGCUGGGUCAACUACCAGGCCAGCGGAUUGGGCACCAUCGUUGAUAGGUUCAGGUGGGAGGGAGGCUGCAUCGCCGAGCAUGUAAGAAUACAAUCCACCCCCGCCCAACCUUUUGUGGUCUAUGCGUUCAGCGAGACCGGAAACCGUAGAAUGACCAACUAA